GGUUCGGUUGGCUGGCCUGCAAUGGCAGAGGGUCGGGGGUGGCUGGCAGGCUGAUGGCUAGCGACGGUCUCAUAUAAUACCCGUGUGCGGGGCAGGAUGGCUCACAAAGUAGGCCAGGACGACGCACUGCACGAGCACAACACCCGCAGUGAAGUGAGCUUAAGCCCCGAGGCGGAUGACCAAGACGUAGAGAGGACUAGGGGCAGUGAAAUGGUGAGCGGGCCACUAGUGAGUGCAGUGGAUGGGCCGAGCUCCUCGCCUGGUGCCACUUGUUUAGAGGACUCCCGGUACCGUUGUGUGGAGGACACUUCUUCUGGCGGGCCCCAGGGAGAAGGUCAGAAGGGAAGAGAGGAGGUGUGGAGGCAGGGGCGAGGCGGAACUGAGGACAGUUGUGAGACAGACAUGGUUGGCGGUAGUGCGGGUUCCUUCGAGGCUGAGCAGCAGCAGGGGCUUGGCGCUGCGGCGGCAGUCAUGGAACACGCAGACCCCAACAUGUACAGCUCCGACGAGUGGGAGGAGAGUGACCUCAGUGAUACUGAUGGUGAUCACAGCGACAGUAGCGACGACGACGACCCCAAGUCCCAGGUGGACCGUCUGAUUGAAAAGGUGACCCUGGUGUACUUGGACGGUGAGAACUCCAACCUGUCCUCAGAGAGUAGCGAUGAUAGCGACGACAGCGACUACGAUGACAGCGACAGCGAGAGUGACAUCACGGAUGUCUCCCCUCUCAUCUCGGCCACGGCCAGCCCCCUGGGGCUGUCCCCGGUGCUGCCCCGCAGGACCCUGGGCACCUCCCCGCUGGCCCUGCAUGACAACAGGGACCUGGGGUUCGGCUAUGGGGCCGAGGUGGCCACGGAGGAACACGGCUACGAGCUGACCGUGCCCCCUGUGCAGGCUGUGGAGAGGGAGAGGCACUCCUACAACUCCCAGGAGCCCUCGGACAUGACGGUGCUGCUCAAGGCUGUGGUGGAGCUGGAGGAGGAGCAGAGGCGGGAAAAGGGCAGCAAACGGUCUGGCCUGCAGGAGACUCCCAGCCAGCCCAUUGCAUCCCAGGCCCCCAGCGACAGCCACAUGCCCAGGCGGUCGCCCCCCAUUGCCAUUCACCCCAUAGAUGCCAGCCCACACCACAGGCACCUGAGGCGGGCAGCAGGCCACCACUACAGGAGGAAGAACAUGUCCUUCCCCAAUGAGGAGGUGCGGAGGAUAGACAGGGAAAACCAGAUCCUCCUGGAGAAGAUCAUGAACACCCACAGCCGCACCUCCACCAGGCACCACCAUCACCAUCACCACCACCACUCCCACUCCCACUCCAACUCAUCCUCGUCCUCCAACCAAAGCUUCCCUGGCCAUCACCACAACAGUCGCCCCGUCCACAGGCCAGCUAACUCCACCAUAAACCGGAGGAGAGAGGAGGAGAAGAUACGCAGAGAAAACAUGAUUCUGCUGCGGAAAAUCCAGGAGGCCAAGCCCUCGCGGGAGGUUGCAGCAUUCCGGUGUGGCGCCUCGGCUCGCACUGGCCCGGGCCACGUGGCUGCCACUACUGCGCGCCACAAGGAGACAGCACUGUGAGGGACGCCUGGGGCCGGCGGUGCCCCGCGACACACUGAACUGUGCCGGCGGCCCCCGGCCCUAUCCCGCUGAGCGUCCCCUGGCCCGGCACCGGCAGCAGCACACCAUCCCCCCACCACGGUGCCGGUGCCCUGAGUGCCGCCGCCUUUGAGUCUGCCGGCUAGUGUCGUCCUGCCCCACCCUGUCGGUGCCAGCAGGCCCUGCCCUCCUGGAGCGGCACUGUGCCGCCACGCUUGUCCCAGCGCUGCCUCUGUCAGGCAGUGGUGGCGACACCCGCCUGGCGGCACAACUUUAACUCCACCCUGUCAGCAAGUGGCAGCUGGACAGUGUUGUAGCAACACCUUGUGGCCGUCAGUUGAGAGUCUGGAGAACACCAGUGCCAUGGAAGGCCCUGCAGCACACCAGGCGGUGGCUUGUGGUGUUGAGGCGCCACACCAGCACCUCAACACCCUCCACUGCUGUUGUGUGUAUGUGUGUGAGCUUUCCAUGGUGCUUUUUUUGCCUGUGUGCAUUUUCAACAUAGGAAGGUUAGCUAGGAACCUGUGUCUUGGCGCCGUUCCCCGCCACACGUGCUAGAAAAGCUAAGCUACAGGAGAAAGUUUGAGCUGGAGAUGUUCCCCAGCGGUGGUCUCCAGGGGAGUCCAAACAGCUGACACUCACAUUCCAUUGUUAGCGUUAACAACACUGUUAGUCACUCGUCAACACUGUAGUGAGGGACAGGACAGGACUGGAGACUUAGGUUUAGCGGCCGGCGUGAAUCCUCCUCACCCUUGCUGUCAGGUCCUCCAAUGAUGCAUAAUUCAUCACACACCCUGCAGUCUUGUGUACCAUGUGCCAUCGCUGUGAUUCUUCCAAUAAUUGACGUCACAGAGUCCCCGCUGGCAUGUCCUGGCCCGUGCCAUAUGCCGGGCCUUGGGAUGCUGGCUGAGGGCAUUUUCUGGCACUAACGUACUUCCUGAGAAUGCCAUCCUUGUAACCAUCUACUCCCUCUGCUUGUAAAUAUUAACCAGGCUGCAUCAUUCCCUGGUCAAACCGUCAGCUGUGUACAAAGUUCUGGAAUUUUUUGCCAUGAGAGGAGAAGGCAGGGUGCACUUGUGGGUUUUGUUUCAUUUUAUUUAUUAUUACUCUAUAAUUUCUGACGUGUUUCUUAGCCUUGUGGUGUAAUUAAGCAUCGCCUGACUCUGGUCUUGGGUUCCUGCCGGGCCCCUUGCUGAGCACAGGCAGAGGCAGGCUGGAGGGCAGGGCUGCGAGGCUGUCAUCUGCACCACAAAUACCACACGCCACACACCUUGUCUCGGCACACGCACCACUACGCUACACACAGCCAGGCACCGUGUGUGUCUUGUGCUGCUCAAACACUAACACAUUCACUACAGUCUGUGCUGCCUUCACUCAACAGGCAGUUAGUCAUUUCAGACAAGAAUUGUUAAAUGGUUUCUGUCAAGUUUUAAAACGAAUUGAUUGAAUUAUAGGGACAUGAAAACAGUAAGAUACAUCGUUUUUCAAUUAAAAUUUGAGAAUUUCAGACUCUUAGCUGGAGAAUAUUAAGAUGCAUCUCACUCUGCUAUUAAAAUUUGAGAAAUUUGACUACAAAAUGCAAAAAACAUGCACAUGCUUGUGCACAUGCAAGAGACGAGCCUGACAGCCCCGCCCUGUGCCUGCUUCCCCCACCCCACUAGCGCUGGGGCCGCCAACACGACACAUAGUGACGGGUAUAACCACUGUAACAUACUGUACUAUUGCGCUAUGUAUAUGACUGUGUAUAUGUACAUCUCCGCCACUACUAGCCAACAUGCAUACUGGAAUGUGUACACUUUGUCGCCAGGGAGUCGGGACGUGUAGGCAACAUACUCCUCUGUGUGUGUGUGUGUUAAUGGAGAAGGAUGAGGGACACACACACACACACACACACACACACACACACACACACACACACACACACACACACACACACACAGGAGUGAUGUUAAGAUAAGUGAGGGAUGUCUUUCUAAUUAGUGGCUGCAGCAGGAGGAGUGACCUUGUGUGACCGGCCUUGGGACACUUCCAUGCACCACUGGGCUGACCUGACUUGUUGCCAACUCUGUCCAGUGUUUCACUCGGUUUCCUCCACCUCCCCAUUCAUUGAGUGCUGUGUGCCAUCUGCCUCUCAGGGUGGAGGGUAGCUGAAGGGAGUGUGGAGUUCCCACUGUCUUGGUGAGGACCUCUGGGCCUCAGGCUGCAAAGUGGUCGUGAUUUCAUCCAUGAUAAUCUAGUCAGACGAUCUUAUUCCAUGAUUGAUUUGCCUUGGUGGUAACACACAGAGUGCCUCCUCCUCCACCUUCUCCUCCUCCUCCUCCUCCUCCUCCUCCUCCUCCUCCUCCUCCUCCUCCUCCUCCUCCUCCUCCUCCUCCUCCUCCUCCUCCUCCUCCUCCUCCUCCUCCUCCAUUUCUUCUGUCCCAUCCUGACAUCCUGUUUGGUGUGUCUUGAGAGUUCUUUCCACUCCUUGUCUUCAGUUCACCACUCUGACCUCCCUCCCACUCUUCCCGAUGGGCCUCUGUGUCACCCUGGCUGCUGUGCCAGGCAGGUUCACAUGCUUCCAAGUAUUCCCACCAGAGGCACUGCUCAGCCCCAGACUGGCCCUGGCAUGGGCGUGGACCGCCCUGAGUCAGGGACAGCCUCCACCCCGUCUCCCGCUGUGGGACGGUUCCUAGAUGCUUUGUAAAUGCACUUCCACUGGCACAUUUCCUGCCACCCAUGCACCCCCGUGCUGGGUGGGUGGGUGGGUGUCCUGCCAGGAGAUUCCUUCGUCAACAAACACUCUUGAUCUCUCAGUGUAUCUUGCUCCGUCUUGCUCACAAUUUUCUCCAAUUCUGACAUUUAACGCAUUUUUUGUAGGAAUUGUAAUGCUCAACUGGUUUGGGCUUCUUUGCAAUUUAUUUUGUACUGUUUUGGUGGUAUAUAUAUAAUGGAUAUAUAACUGAUAUCAUGGAGUUGUCAGUAUAUCCCUUUUUUUAAAGGUAUAUUUAUAUUAUGUGCUGGAGUGUAAGAACAUUCUGUUGAACUUUGCCGUUCUGUAAUGCAGCAUGAUUCUUUUUAAGUUCAAGAGUGCAUGCAGUAUUUUGUAUCCACCUUUGAAGUUGAGUUUGUGAGACGUACAAUCACACAGAACUUGCACAAAGCUCAGUUUUAUACAUAAGUUCUGUCCUGCAUUAGAGUUCAAUCAAUCAAUCAGUCAGUCAGUGAAUGUAUUGCAUCACUAGGAAAUGUUUUUGACAGGAGGGACAGCAAGUCUUCAAAGUUUGGUUGUGUUUCUUUUUUAUACUCUUUUUCCAGUCAAGUUAGGGCAGAUAGCAUUGUGUCUGGAGCAUGUCCCAAGUAUUUAUAAGGAUGGGAGAGAGGUGUUGGGGCCGCAGGGAACACUGUGGACACUUGCUGUAAUGUGGAAUACUGUGAAGUGUGACAAGUGAAUAUGCACUGAAUGUAUGACUGCUCUGUGUCGCUUCACGUAUGGAAGGAGGAUCUGGAUGCCGGUGUUCUGUUCACCUAUCUUCCCCUGAUCCUGGUGUUGGGGUGUUGGAACCUAAAUUGUGUGAUAGAGUGAUCUGAACCUCUAGCUUGUACAAUAGAGGGUUUACUUGUAUUAUGGUGACUGUGUGUGUGUGUGUGUGUGUGUGUGUGUGUGUGUGUGUGUGUGUGUGACUUGAAUCUCCAGACUUUAAUAGAGUUUUCAUUGUAUCCAGUGAAGUGAACCUCUUUAAAUUGUUCAGUACAGGUUGUAAUUCUAUUUUGGUUUAUGUGAAUGUUUGUGAAAGAAUGAACAUUGAACAGAAAUAAUGAUGUGUAAUGACAUUUUAUCUUGUGGGUAUUCUGUUGAUGGAGUGUGAAAGAGUGAGAAGUAGAGAUUGCUAUUUUAUUAUUGUUUGUAGGUUGUGAAUGUCUGAGUAAGAGAUAGAGAUGCAAGUGGAAGAAAGAGAGAGAUGCAAGUGUCAGUUUUACCGUGUGUGUGUGUGUGUGUGUGUGUGUGUGUGUGUGUAGCCCUGCAUGAAGUUGUGAGCCCCGCCAGCUGACAGGAGGAGCCAAGGGGGACAAGAGGAGGUACCACUGUGGUAUCUAGAUGACUACCCCACGCCGGCUUAUGAAACCACAACAACAACAACUACUACUACUACUAUACUGUGUGUACAUAUUUUUAUACUUGUCUUUCAUUGUCUGUGAAACUUUUGAACAAUAAAAAGCUAUUGUUGAAA